UCAGGCUGCUUUGCGUCUUUUAAGCGACCGUUAACUCGUCCUGAUCGAGAGAGAGUGUGUAUAAUGUGGUGAUAUGCGAGUGAAACGAGAGUAAACAAGAGGAAAGUGGGCAGGGUGCUGUGGGCACUUGGUGAUGGGUGGACUCCGCACCGGGCGACUCAAGGAACUCGUAAUAGUGACGAGCUGUUCUCCAUCUGCACUGAUCCGGUGUUCAUGUCAGUACGAACAGGAGAAUGAAGUGAUGGCGUUUUGGUAGACGUGCUUUCUUAUUUUUUUUAAGGCAGUACAGAUAAAUUCAAAACAGGAAAAAGAGAAAGAGAGAGAAAAAAAAAAAAGAAAGUGAGAAUGAAAGGAUUACCUAAACGCUGGUGAACGUGUAAUUUCCCAGAGUUUUGAUGAGCCACGAAGAAGAUGUGAUUUCCUGGUGAUUUCUCCAUUUCCUCCUUACUCUACUUGUGCGUGUGAGACAGUGACCCUAAUAGGUGCUAUGCCAUAUGACUUGAAAGAAUCGUAGAAAGCUGAAGAUGCUAUCAAAAGUGAGUGACAUGGUGGAUGCCAGAUCUAGAGGAGGAUAAACAGACAGUGGAAGCAAGUUCCUUAGGGUUGUCAAGAUGCCUUCCUUGCUAGCUUGUUUUGUGUGCGGAGGGAAGGGGGAGAGUGACGAUGUGCGGGUGCUUGAUUACCGUCACUCUGCUCUCAAUGACGUGCCUGCAGAUGUGUUUGCUUCAGAACGCACGUUGGAGGAGCUGCUCUUGGAUUCCAAUCAGCUGACUGAGUUACCUCGUCAGCUGUUCUACUGCCAUGGCUUGAGGGAGCUUGGGCUAAGUGAUAAUGAGUUGACAUCCCUUCCUCCAGCUGUGGCAUCCCUCAUCAAUUUAACUUCCAUAGACCUCAGCAAAAAUGCCAUAUCAGACAUCCCAGACAAUAUUAAAGGCUGCAAGCAACUUGCUGUGGUGGAUGCCAGUAUCAACCCCCUGUGUCGUCUACCUGAGGGUUUCACACAGCUGCUUUCUCUGCAAGAACUUUAUCUGAAUGACACUUUCUUGGAAUACCUUCCCGCUAACUUUGGCCGAUUAUCCAAGUUGAAGAUUUUGGAGUUAAGGGAAAACCAGCUGAAUACGUUGCCAAAGUCCAUCGCACGUCUCACAAACCUGCAGCGCUUGGACAUUGGGCAGAAUGACUUCUCUGAAUUGCCAGAGGUGAUUGGAAGUCUUGGCAACUUGACUGAACUCUUGUUCGACAAUAACAAAGUGAAGUCACUUCCACCCAUGAUGGGCAAAUUGAAGAAACUGCUUCAUGUUGACGCAUCAAAGAAUAAAAUAGACUGGGUCUCUGGAGAACUGGAAAACUGUGCAGUGCUCACAGAUUUACAUCUCUCAUCCAAUAAUCUUAAGGAACUGCCGGAGAGUCUGGGAGGUUGUAGUCAGUUGCAACUUUUGCGUCUGGAUGACAAUGCCCUGACUCACCUCCCUGAGUCGCUUGGUGGUCUGGCAGCCCUUGAGGAACUGGUUGUCACUCAGAACGACCUGGAGACUUUGCCAGCCUCAAUUGGGCUACUUCGUGCUCUGCAUACUCUCCAUGUGGAUGAUAAUCUCAUAACAGAGUUACCACCAGAAAUUGGUUCUUGCAUUCAGUUGACAGUCCUUACCGCUGCAUCAAAUAGACUGACGAGUGUCCCUGCUGAACUGGGUCACCUUCCAAAAUUGGCAGUUCUAAAUCUUUGUGAUAAUUUGAUUCCUCAUCUGCCUGUAUCACUUACAAAACUAAAGCUAAGGGCUUUGUGGCUUUCUGAAAACCAGAACAAGCCACAGGUCCAGUUGCAAUCAGACACACUGCCAGAAACAGGGCAGCGUGUUCUAACAUGUUUCAUGCUACCACAGCAAGUUCGCUCUCAUCAGCCAGAAAUGGUGGUUGAGACGGACACCUUCCCAGGCCAGGGAUGGGAUGAGCAGAGGAGAGCAAAAACUCUUAUUAAGUUUGCCUUUGAUGGUGAUGUUGACAAACCAGGCCGCUUGACACGAGCCCCAACACCCUACCCCAAAGAACUCAAGGCACUCGCCAAGCAUGCUCGUAACUUGCACAGCUUGCAGAAGGACCCCUCACGACAAUUUGUGCUCGGGCGUUCAGAGGAUGCUGGCAGGGUGUCAUCUCCCGCACAGCCUGCUAAAGAGGACAGUGAAGUGGCUUCAGGCAGGCGGGACUCAGAUAGUGCUCUGAGGCAGCCACUAAUAGAACGCACGGCAAAGUCUGGGGCUCCUGUAGAUGAUUCUGUGGAUGCAGAGGAUGCUAGUACGCCCCUGACUGUUGUAGAACCACAGGUGGAUGAACGGCCACAGUUGAGAGAAGCUCGGAAUGUGCGCAAGAGCUCAAACCCUGAUCCCAGUGUGUCUAAUGCACCUAAGAGCAUGAAUUCUAAUGGUACAAGUGCUGGUGGGACAGACCUACCCUAUACUAUUGGGGAUAGGAAAGUGUUUGGCCAUGCACAGGUCAUUGCCAUGAAAGCUCCUGGAGACACAGUAACCAAAAACACAACCAGUCCAGCAGAGGAAAAUGGAACCUCACAGCAUCCCAUGACUUCAUCUGAGGGGUCUGGCCCUGCAGAAGGAGAGCAAGGAGGCGACACUCCGGACAAGCGCAUCAAAAAGCCGCCACCUUACCACAUAGCAGCCGUCAUGUCAAGGCAUGCAGCCGACUUCCAAGAGGCGAGUGUCGAGGUGUCUUCAUCACAGGGAACAAAUGCACAGGGAGGGGCUGGUCUGACUGUCAAGGAUCUGCCAGGCUCACAGCAGCCAUUAACUGUGUCAUCAACCACUGCCAUUGGUGAGGACGAAAACAAUGACACAAGUAGUUCCAGUGACAGUGGCUAUGGCAAUGGGAAAUCAUCAAGUCAACAAACUGCCGAAGAACAGCAGUGCAGUGAUUCCUGUUCAAACUCACCAUCCUCACCGCAGAAUCUGACAGAUUCCAGCAUCACUAUGCCCUCCACCCCCACCUCACCUUUAGGGAGUGCAGGAUCAGCUGCACCAUCCUCGAAAUCCUUCAUGGUUACAAGUUCCAUGAGGCCCCCAAGUACUCAUUUGUCGCCCAUCACUACCACAGGGUCUCUUCCAUCAGACCGCCACUCAUAUGCUGCUCCACAGCAUUCCUCCUCACCACUUGUGCAAGCCUCCAUGGGACAGCAUAUAUAUUCUUCUGGCCACUUGUCAUAUUCACAAAAAAUGCAGACUAACACUACUAUGACCAAUGCUCGCCCAGCCUCCAUUGCGGCAGGGCAACAGCUGGAGAAUCAGAAUAGUGGCUCCAUGCAGCGGCCUGGGUCUUUGGCUCUUGGCACGCUAGCAGAUUCAGCACUUCUCAACCGGCUGCCUAGAGAUCAUCGACCAGGAUCUUUGGCAGCACCUAUCAAUACUGUUGGCAUCCCACCUGCUCCAACAAGGGCUGUGUCUCACAUGGGAUUGAAUGUCUCCAGUCCAACAAGAGCACGUGAUCCCACUAUGUUCAGGAGCCAAGAUUUAUCACGAGCUGGACGCGGAUUGUCCGUAGCAGAGGAACGUUUCAUUGGAACUGCUAGUGCUCGUCAGGAGAGCAAUGGUCUUGUCUCCAUUAUUGACCAGGUAACAAGCAGUUUGCUGGAACAUGGGGAUAGUCCCCCUCCCAAGACUCCAGUGACCCCUAGUGCUCCUUCUUCCACUUUUCCUACCACUUCACCCACAACAGCAACACCUCCAUCCAAGCUGGCAGGCACCCAAGUCACCAGUGAUAGGAUACCCUUAUCAGCAUCUGAUUCUACAACAUCAGAAUCCUAUGUGACUAGUGAUACAAGUGGCAGAUCCUCCCUCUCUUAUCAACGUGGUGUGGGUUCAUCCCUGACCAGUAGUGGUGGACUCACCAACUUCACUCAAGACCAACCUCGAGGUGAGGUUUUGCAUCCAACUCCACAUCGACCACAUAUUAUCUCUCCUUCAGGCUCCAGACAUGGAUUAGACUCUCUGCAAGACCCCAGUGUGGGUACUCCAGAUAAGGUAGCAAUGGGAGUCCCUCAACAUAUUGAGACUGGGACUUCCCCUCCCAGAACAGCACCUAAGCCUCAGUCAAGAAUCCCAGCACUCAGUCCAGAGAGUUAUCCUGGUGUUACACCUGGUAAGGCAAAUCAUAAAACAAGCUUUGACUCUCCUGCUAGUCACAGUCCUGCUCAGAUGACAGAAUCUCGCAUACCCUCUAUAGGCAACAUUGGCCGUUCUCCCAGUAACUUGACCAGUGAAAGAUCAAAUGAGAGUCAUGUCUUACCUGAGUCAAGAAUACCAACCCUUGGUGCCAUGGGAAGAAGCCCAAGCAAUCUCAAUCAUGAAAGUAAGACAGAAAGUAGAAUUCCAACUCUUAAUAACAUGGGACAUAGUUCCUCCAACUUACUACAUGAUAAGCAGACUUCAGGAGAAUCACGAAUACCCACUCUUGGAAGCACUGGGAGAAGCCAAAGCAACCUUGGUCAUGAAGCACCAACUACACCCGAGUCUCGUAUUCCAACAAUAGGUGCAGUGGGUAGAACAUCUAGUAACUUGACACGUGAAUCCAUUGGGCUGAAAAAGCCUGCCAGCUCACAUGAAGGAGUCACAAAACCUGCAUCAAAUCUUAACACACCACAGCAGCUUAGAACAGCUGGAAUGAAUGGAUCAGGUAUUCCAAGUUUAGCCUCACAGGGGAGAAGCAAUAGCAGCUUAGGAUCAGGCAUCCCAAGUCCAAGCCCAACUUCUGCAGGGUUAAGAACUGGCAUCCCCAAGCAUGAUGCGACAGAUGGGCUAACCAAGAAGCCACUGGUGUAUGGAGGAACAAGCCAAGUGUCCUCCACAUCUCGCCUCCAGUCCCCAAGUUAUUCAAGUGGCAUUAGGCCCCCUACCUAUUCAUCAGCUAGUCCUCUGCCCAGUCCAGUCCAACACCCAUCUGGCAGUUUUACCCAGUCCCCAGGUUACUCAUCUGGCAUCCGACCACCCUCUAUCAAUUCAGCAAUUAACACCCCAGGUAUUCCACUACCUUCUUCAGGAUCUACAAGCCACCUGACCAACCCAGGGUCAAGAGGGUCAAUCACGUCAACAGGAUCUGGGACUCGCAUUCCAAUGGUUGCAGGAAAUUCUGCAUCAAGACUCCCUGCACCCAGUGCCAACAAGCACCGUGUGUCUCCAUCAGCACAAAAUGCAGAUAACAAGACAAACAAUUCAGCGUGGAUGUUUGGCCAGCACAAAAAUGCCCGUGUGGUAUGUCAGAAUUUCCCGGUAGUGAUAGAGAAAAAUCCAGGCCUUGGCUUCACGAUUGGGCUGUCAGAUUCUGACGCAGAAGAUAAGAGUAUUUAUGUGACGAGUGUCGCAGGAGGGGGGGCAGCAUCCUCAGCCCUCAAAGUUGGGGACAAGUUGCUACAGGUGGAUGGGGUUGACCUGCGACUAGCGGACUUGCACACCGCAACUUCUAUCCUCAACAAGACCUCCAACACUGUUAACCUGAUGGUGUCCCGACUCCAGUGAUCUUCGUUGUUGUCAGAUAUUUUUUUUUCUUUCUCUUUUUAUUCUUUUAUGUAACAGAGUAUGAAUAACCAGCAACUUGUAGCAGUUGAGAGAGAUGUUGUCUUUUAAGGAUAGUUGGCUUUAUGGUGAACUUUCUGUACAUUUUGGCAGUGUUUGUGAUUGUCAAAUAAAGAGCUGAUGCUGUAGCAUUCC